CAGCAGCAGCGUGAUAUAACCAAUAACCAACAUGGCGGCCAUGGGAACGUUAUCUAGAGUUGUCAGACUGAGUUCAUGCAUCGGCAGAAGUCGGCGAUUAAUAUUUAACAGCACACAGAGACGAGGAAUAGCUUCGUGUAUUGACCCUGCUCAUGGCCUCAGCGAUGAACAGAAGGAGUUUCAGAAGAUGGCCUUUGACUUCGCAGCCCAUGAAAUGUCUCCACACAUGGCCGAGUGGGAUGAAAAGGAAAUCUUCCCGGUGGAGACCAUGCGAAAGGCUGCCCAGCUGGGGUUUGGGGGGAUCUAUGUCCAGCCGGAGGUGGGGGGAUCUGGCCUGUCUCGCCUGGACACCUCGGUCAUCUUUGAGGCAUUAUCGACAGGCUGUGUCAGCACCACAGCCUACAUCAGCAUUCAUAACAUGUGUAACUGGAUGAUUGACACCUUCGGCAACACUGAGCAGAGGGAGAAGUUCUGCCCUGAGCUUUGUACGAUGGACAAGUUUGCCUCUUAUUGUCUCACUGAGCCAGGCAGUGGCAGUGAUGCUGCUUCGUUACUCACUACUGCAAAGUUGGAAGGAGACCAUUAUAUCCUCAAUGGUUCCAAGGCCUUCAUCAGUGGAGGAGGAGACACAGACGUGUACAUAGUAAUGUGCCGGACGGGAAGGAAAGGUCCCAAGGGGAUCUCCUGUGUGGUGGUGGAGAAAGACACUCCAGGACUCAGCUUUGGCAAGAAGGAGAAGAAGGUGGGAUGGAACUCUCAGCCAACCAGAGCAGUGAUCUUAGAGGACUGCCACGUCCCAGUGACCAAUCGGCUGGGUCAGGAGGGACAGGGCUUCAACAUUGCUAUGAGAGGCCUGAACGGAGGCAGGAUCAACAUUGCCUCGUGUUCUCUUGGGGCGGCCCAUGCAUGUGUACAGCUGGCAAGAGAUCACCUGUUAGUACGCAAGCAGUUUGGAGAGACUCUCUCUAACAACCAGUUCCUGCAGUUUAAGUUGGCAGAGAUGGCAACCAAGCUAGUGGUGUCACGUCUGUUGCUGCGCGAGGCUGCCCUGGCAUUGCAGGAGAGCAGAUCUGACGCUGUGUCCCUCUGCUCCAUGGCCAAACUCUUUGUCACUGACGAGUGCUUCAACAUCUGUAACCAGGCACUCCAGAUGCAUGGUGGAUACGGUUACCUCAAAGACUACGCUGUUCAGCAGUUUGUCCGGGACAUCAGAGUACACCAGAUACUGGAGGGAACAAAUGAAGUGAUGCGGAUGAUAAUUGCCAGAAGUUUACUGUCAGAGUCUGGAUAAAUGUAAUGCCAUGGGCCAUCCAAAACUUGACUUUCUGCUGUCCUGAAGGGAUGGUGGUGGCAGCCAUGUGGUGUUUGACUGGAUCCCUCAAGUGUCUUGAACUCACCCUCUUUUAAAGGGGGAAAAUACUAUAGCAGUUUUGUUUUUGAGAUUACUGUAGACUAAAGCUGUCAUUAGGUCCUCCUGUCCUGUUUGCAUGGAAUUAAAUGUUAUGUAAACAUUCAUUUAGGUAUUUUAAAUAAGUUGCUCAUUGAGAGAUACAGUUUGGAAGUGAAUAUAUUACGUUAAAAAUGUAAUAUUUUGGUUAGUAUUGGGGUGAAGCUUUUUAGUUGUCUUGCAAUAAAAACAAUGCAUCUAUAUCAGAUGGUUAGUUUGACAUCAUGGCCUCUCCUGCAAAGUGGCCUUUCAUGUGUAACAUGGCAACAUUUGGAGGAAACUUUGUUAUGAUGGCAACAUUUGAAACAUGAGCAAGUUUAGUUCUCAUGACACAAUUCCAGUUUAAUCCUAAAACAAAUGUAUCUAGGCGGGUUGGAUGACUGCAAAGUUUCAUGUAUGGUGUGUGUAAUAUAAUAUUUGGUGCUCAAAUGUGACUGGAUUGUCAGUCAUUUACACUCAAAAUAAAGCUGUCAGACAGCACUAGAUAAAAGUUUAAA